CCGCUCCGCAGCUUCCUUCUUCAUCGCAUAGUCUAUCCUCAGUCUAUUGCCUGAGACUGCCCAUCAGAUUUCCUCAUCCGCCUGUCCAUUCUCGCAGACCGCGCCGCCAACCGCUGCACUCGUCCUGGUAAUCUGUUCCUCUGCGAAAGGCUGCUGCGCCUCGCCCUCAGCUCUCAACCCCACCAUAAGUCCUUCGCAACCCCUCCGCCACACCUUGUCUCGACUUUCACUCUUCCUCCGUCGAUCGCACCGCGCUGCAUCUUCACCACCACUGUUGCCCCCCGCCGCUCUGCAUUUUCGCCGACUGCAUCAGACAUCAAAGUUCCGCACACUGCGCGCUUAUCGCUGCCGGUAAACAAACGCACGAGCCAUGGGUAAAUCCCAGAGCAAGCUGUCCCAACAGGAGCUUGCGGAUCUGCAGAAAGCCACUCACUUCGACAAGAAAGAAUUGCAGCAAUGGUACAAAGGCUUUUUGAAGGACUGCCCGUCUGGUAUGCUCACCAAAGAGGAAUUCCAGAAGAUCUACAAGCAAUUCUUCCCGUUCGGCGACCCUUCCUCCUUUGCAGACUACGUCUUCAACGUUUUCGAUGCGGAUAAAUCUGGGACUAUCGAUUUCAAGGAAUUCAUCUGCGCUCUCAGCGUCACUAGCCGCGGCAAGAUGGAGGACAAGCUCGACUGGGCAUUCCAACUGUACGACAUCGACGGCGAUGGAAAGAUCAGCUAUGAGGAGAUGUUGGCAAUCGUCGAGGCGAUAUACAAAAUGGUUGGAUCCAUGGUAAAGCUUCCCGAGGAUGAAGACACGCCCGAGAAGCGCGUACGCAAGAUCUUCCGGAUGAUGGACAAGGACGAGAAUGGAAGCCUGGACAUGGCCGAGUUCAAGGAGGGCUCCAAGCGCGACGAGACGAUUGUGUCGGCCCUGUCUCUCUACGACGGGCUGGUCUAGACGAUAUCUCUGCUCAUCUCUUCGGCCGGUGUUCUCGGGUUCUUGUUUGAUAUCAACAGUGCAUUCAAAGGGUUUUCUUUAGCAUGCGGAAGGGUGCAUGCCUGCGGGGAAACAUCACUCACGAUGUAAAUAUGAUUGGACGAUGGUGCUUCAGUGGUGCAAUGAUUGAAUAAUCAAACCCACGUCUCUGGA